AUGGGUAAUUGCUUAAGGAGCUUCUGUCCAAGACACCGAACUUCUGAGAAUGAUCGGCAUAGCAGUUGGCACACAUCCUCUUACCAACCUCAAGCGCGACAUGUAGAUAAUGAUCCAAUUUUACACCCCGCCCCCGGUUUGUCUGUUCCUUACUCCCAGUUGACUGAAGAACAGCAAGUUGCUAUUGCAACUCGAAUGGCUCUUAUCGCAACCCUACCUAUCCACAUUUUUGAUGAAACAGAGCAUGAGAAGGUGUCAGAGUGUGUGAUCUGUAUGAUUGACUACGUGCCGGGUGACGAGUUGCGAAAGAUGCCCAUGUGUACACACUUCUUCCAUCGAGCCUGUAUCGAUGAUUGGUUGACUCGAUCUCUGACCUGCCCUUCUUGCCUUCAAGAAAUUCCCAUUCCUUCCAAUGUACCUCUGGCAACAACUGCAGCUGCAACCAGCCCCGUUUCAGAUAUCAGAACUACGAGAUGCAUUGAACUAGCGGGUCAAUCGGUCAGUCCCCCCUCAAUUCUCGAUAUUAGAGACGAGGUUUUACGAAUUAAGAUGAGAUCUAGGGUGGGUAUCGUCUUUGCCUUCCUACGUUUGUUCAAGUAG